ACGAGGAGUUCUGCCCACCGACAUGGGCGCGCGCAUACAGUACUCCCGUGUCUGCGUGCAGCAACAGCAGCUUUUUGCACGCGCACGUUAGUUCCGCAAACUUUGUCAGAAGUCUUUUUUAGUCUGAGUGUCCGGCGACCCUCCCCCGCCCUAGCGCUGACUGUGACCCACCUCUUCACUUGACUUUACUGGACCGUGCGCGUUGGGCAUUUCAAUCCCACAAUACUGUUUGGAAAGCUGUUACAUCGCUAGUGCCUACUGGCAUUUAGGGGCGUUUAAAUAUGCGACAUCGCUAGUGACAACAGGCGCUAUUUGAAGCUACUGGCGUGAUUUGGAACCGUGCAAAUGGCCGGAGCUUGUUGCAAGUGUUCAGCCUCACUGUCCGUGUUGAAGCGGUCUCUGUCCUCCGUCACGUCCAGGGGCCCUGGCCACGCAUCGCGGCCGAUGCAUGUGUGGGGGAGGUCGGGGGAGAGAGGCGCUCAGAGUCGGGGGGAGAGGUGCGCGCCUCUAGACGCCUGGAUGUUCGCGUCGGCGCGUCCUUUUGCUCUCUGCAGAGCGCCUUUUCACCCGCGUCACCCCUCCGUAUCCCUCUGCUUGCAUUGCCAGGACAACAUGAGCGAGAGCCUCCAGAGCUGCUACCGACACCUCAACCAGACCAGCCGGAGCUUUGCAGCGGUCAUCCAGGCACUGGACGGGGAUCUCAGGCAUGCGGUGUGUAUCUUCUACUUGGUGUUGCGAGCACUGGACACGGUGGAGGAUGACAUGACCAUCGCCAUGGAAACCAAGCUGCCCCUCCUCACACAGUUCCACACACGCCUGUACCAGGCGGACUGGAGCUACACACACAGCCAGGAGAAGGACCGACAAGUACUGGAGGACUUCCCCACGAUCUCCAAAGAGUUCCGUAAUCUAGGUAACGAGUACCAGGAAGUGAUUGUUGACGUGUGUCGGAGGAUGGGCGGCGGCAUGGCAGAAUUCCUAGAGAAGAAAGUCACCAGCAUGCAGGAGUGGGACAAGUACUGUCACUAUGUAGCCGGUCUGGUGGGCAUCGGCCUAUCUCGUCUUUUCUCCGCCUCCAAGCUGGAGAAUUCCGAAGUGGGUGGAGACUCUGAGCUGGCCAACUCCAUGGGACUCUUCCUGCAGAAGACCAACAUCAUCAGAGAUUAUCUGGAGGACCAGAGAGAUGGCAGAGCCUUCUGGCCACAAGAGGCCUGGAGUAAGUUUGCGUGUCGCCUGGAGGACUUUGCGUCGCCGGAGCAUUUAAGCUCGGCCCUCUCCUGUCUGAACUUCCUGGUUACGGACGCUCUACGCCACCUGCCUGAUGUCAUCACGUACCUCUCACGACUGACCAAUCAGAGCGUCUUCAACUUCUGUGCCAUACCACAGGUGAUGGCGAUAGCAACGUUAUCCGCGUGCUACAACAACCCGAUGGUGUUCAGCGGCGUAGUGAAGAUCCGGAAGGGCCAAGCCGUCACACUGAUGAUGCAGGCAACAAACAUGGUCGCCGUUAAAAACAUCAUCGCACAAUACAGCCAAGAGAUCCUACAGAAGGUGUGUGUGUCCGACCCGUCUCGCGAGCGCACACUGCACAUGCUCAGUGUGAUCCAGGAGCGCUCGCUGAUCCAGGACGAACAGACCUCUCACGCGCACACACACGCGCACACACAGACACACACACACACGCUCACACACCUGUCGCCUGUCUACCUCUCCGCUGCCAUGCUGCUCGCUGCACUCAGCUGGCAGUAUCUCACAGCCACGUCUACAGAGCACACACACACACAUUAGACACACACACACAUACACACACACAUA